GUCAAACUCCUUCAACGUCCCUUCAUUCGGGGCAUAAUAAAAUUAAACAAGUGCAAAAAGUGUGAAGAUCGAUACAAAUAUAUGAUAUUAAUUCUAAAAUGUUAGUACUAAUUAGUCAAUUUUGCAUCGUGCUUAAUAAAAGUCGUAAAACAAACAUAACCUCAGAAAUGUUUAUAUUGUGAUGAAGAUUAGCGUAAAGGUUUUAGGGUUUCAAGUUGUAGCAGAAAUUAUUACCAAAAAACUAUAUGAAGCAACAUUAACAAUGAAACGCAAACCCCAAAUGACAUCGAUCAACGCAACAGCUCCAAAAAAACACCAUUGGGCAACAGGUUUGUUAGUUUCUAUGGAAGACCCUAAGCUCAGAGUAAAAGAAGAUGACAAAGUAGUUGUUAUUAAGGAUAAGUAUCCAAAGGCUCAGUUCCACUACCUGGUUCUACCGAAAGUAAAUAUCCCCUCAAUCUGGCACCUUAAAAAGGAGAAUGAGGAUUUGUUGCUCCAUAUGGCUAAUGUUGCUGAAGAGUUAACUAAGGGGCAUGAAGAUUCGGAAUUUUUAAUUGGCUACCAUGCUGUACCAAGUAUGCAACGAUUACACUUACAUGUAAUAAGCACAGACUUCAACAGCCCUUGUUUGAAAACUAAGUACCACUGGAAUUCAUUCAUAACACCCUUUUUUCUGCAUUCAACUGAUAUCCACAAUCAGUUACGUGAGAAGGGUGAACUCAAAAAAUUAAAAUCCGAAGACAGUGCACAGCAUUUAAACACUCCGCUUAAAUGUCACAAGUGUCCCGAAACUCCGAAGAACAUGCCCGAAUUAAAAAGACACUUGCUGACACAUUUACCGAAUCAAAGAACUAUCGUUUAACAAAAUAAUUGUUUACUCAAGCUGGUAGAUGUUUUUUUUAAUCUCUAAUUCCCUAGAUUAUAAAUACCGAACCGAUUAAUUACCAUGUGCAAUAUUAGUUGGCGACAAAAGGCCAAUAGAGAUUUGUUACGCUAAUGUUGCUAGACAUGCAAUUUUAAACUACUCUGAAUU